AUGGUUAACCAAGAUAAUUCAUCGUCGGUGGCUUCCUCUUCAUCACAAGUGACAUCAACUUCGGGAGUACCAUUCGAACAACUCAUCAAACAAUAUAAUUUCAAAAUAGAGGCUGUCUUUGAUCAUGUUGAAGCCAGAGAAACUUUCAGGAAUUUUCUCAAAAAGGAUUGUUUAAACGAAGAGCCUUUCAUUUUUUAUGAAGCAGUUGAACAAUACAACAAAACACGGUUGGGGAAGAAUCGAUUUGAACUAGCUCAUGACAUUAUUGAUAAAUUCAUUAUGGUUGGUUCGUUACACGAGUUGAACUUAUCCAUGAAUGACCGAAAAGAAUUAUUGAAAAGAUGGAAAGAGGUUUCUGAAAAGAAUGAAGCAAUCACCAAUACGGAUUUAAUUUCAUGCCCCAUUGAUUUAUUCAAUUCUAUACAAGAUGUACUCUUUAUUGAAUUGAAAGUCGACAACUUUCCGAGGUUCAUUGCAUCCGAUAUGUUUAAGAAAUUCUUGAAUAAGGAAAUGAAAAAGAAUGAUUUAUCCAUUCUUGAAAAACUUGGAACGAAAAAGCCUUCACCAUCGAUUACCACCAAUAAUGCAAGAAUCAAUAGCAUUGAUGGUAGUGGAGAGUUAGGGAGUAAUAGUUCAAUACCAAUUUCCGUCUCAAGAUCAAGUGUUGCCAGCAGUAGCAGCUCUGGCUCGGAAGAAGAAUCAAGUGCUUCUGGAGACUCAACUGAGGACAAAAUUGCAAAAUUAUAUGAGAAUGAUGAAUUGAUGAACUCAUCGAAUCAAAUACUUCUUCCAAUUAUUGAUGAACUGAAUCCUUAUGUGAGUGAAUUGGAUUAUCAACUAGUGUUAAAAUUAUUACAUUCGUUGUACAAUGAUAAUUCAUGGAAAAGUUUGGGUGAAAAAGUAGGAAUGAAAACAUGCGUCAGCCCACCAAUCUAUUGUUUUAAUUCACUCCAUCAAAAUUCAACAAGUGGCAACAAUAAUCAACAACCAUCCAAAUCAACAAACAGAGACAUUCCUAAAUUCAUGUUAGCACAAACAGGUAUCAUGCCAGGCAUGCCACGAGAUGUGGUCGAUAUUUUCUAUGGUGAACAUGUACAAAAGUUUUUCAAUGACAUGUACAAGAGAAGAUUUCAAGUGGAUUAUUUUCACAUGAAUCCAGAAAAAGAUAUACCUUUUCCAACCUCAAUUGUUUAUGCAGAAAUCAGUUUUCCUUUUCCUUUCACAAAUAGGGAUUGUAUCUAUGCCAAAUCCAUAAUUCCAGAUCAAUACGAUCCAUCUACCGGACAAUACAAUCGAUACACCAUGAUCAUGAACCCCACAAGCCACCAUGAGUAUCCAGCAAAGUCAAAUCCAGUGCGAGCAAUUCAUUACCUUGUUUACGUCGCUGAGAAGUAUACCAAGUCAAGCGUUCGAUAUGCUGCAUUCGACGUUGGAGAUAUGGGAGGGAAAAUUCCACCUUCUUUAGCAUCUUCAUUUAUGAAAACCAUGGCCAAGAUACUUCACAAAAAGUCAAGAAAGGCUAUUGAACAAGGAUACGAGUCACACAGUUUGAAUGUUGUUAAAGAUCAUGAUGGAGGAUUAGCCACUCUUAAAGAAUACGAGGAAUAUUUAGAAAAAGUGAGGUUGUGUGAGUAUAAGUAA